CAUGGGUCUGUCUGUGAAUAAGGAGAGCAAGAGGUGUGCAUUAUUAUUUCAGAGAAGUGAUUGGAAGGAGCUGUGUACACCACAUCGGAAGCAGGAAGAGAAUGGAUGAUGUGUCUGCAGGAGGGGGAGGGGAAUGGGAGAGCUCUGCUUCUACAGGUCAGCAUGGACGGCAAGAGGGCCACAGGGUGACAGAGACCCUUCACCUCUACUAGAGCAUGGCAGGAUGAGCUUUCUGCACAGUGCUUGCUUAUUACUGCUCUGUGAUAAAGACCACUACGUUUUUCAUGAAACGUUCUCAAGAUGACCUCCAGAGCCAAAAAGCGCAUUGUCCUUCCUUCUCGACCAGAGCCACCUACUGUAGAGCAGAUUCUGGAAGAUGUUCGGGGGGCUGUAGCAUCUGACCCUGUAUUUGUUUGUGACCUCAGCGAGGAGUCCUUUAUUCCUACUUAUGAUGCAUCCAGUGAGGCAAAUAAGCAGUACUUACAGAGUUGUUCAUAUGUGGAAUUAAACAACAAGUUGAAGGAAGCCCAGGACGAGCUGAAGGAACGAUGUGAAGCUUUGCGAUCUUCUGGGAUGAAGAUUGAAAGUGUUAUUGAAGAGCUUCGAGAAGCAGCCAUGUGAAUUUAGUCCAAGCAUGUACUUUAUUUUGGCCAACUACUUGGUGCCAAUGGUUUUUAAAAGUAUAGGUGAAAAGAUCUAUAUCAUGAUCACAAGAGUUUACUCCUCCUUUGAAAUAAGCAAGUGCUUCAUUGACAUUGCGUGUCCACUUGAGAUAUGGGCACGGCGCAACAUAAGUAUGAAUUCUCCUUGUGGCACAGUGAACACGAUACAGACAUUGCUCUUAAAGUUGCUGGCAUUUUGGAGAAGAACGGCUACCAUGGCUUUGUUGAGCACCGUGAUCAAGCAGGUGGAGUACAUGCCAUUUCAGCGGCCGACACUGUGAUUCAGUCCAGCAGGGUGUCAUUCCUUAUACUGUCCUCUCGCUUUCUUGAAGAGUCCUGGUGUCAAUGGGUGUCUGAAUGGUGCCUUGUCCAUUCUAUAGAGGAAAAUACAGCCAGGGUAGUACCAGUUUAUAUUGAUUUGCAGGCAAACCAAGUGCCAGACAUUUUAAAAUUCCUCACGGGUCUUGAUUACAACAACAGAUAUUUUAUAAAUAAACUGUUAAAUACUA